UCAUCUUUCUGCCAAUCGAUCCGUCAAACCUCGACUCUCCUUUUCAUUUUUUUCUUUUCAAAAAAAAAAAAGACAAAGACCCUUCUUUUACAGAUUGUAGGUGAUUUCCCUUACUCUUUGGUUGUUUCCUCAGAGUUAAAAAUGACCUCCCAACAUCACGGCAGACCUUCCUCAUUGGCCAAUUUACCCAAUCAACCUCUCAGACGCAAAUCGAGUCGUGCAGCUCCGGGAGAAAAAUUUGAUGACUACAUCAUCCGACGCAAAGAUGAAAUUCAAGAAGAACAUAAACAAGUAUCCAUAUGGACAAGUCCUAUCCUGGUGAUAUCUUACUUUGUCAUGUACGCAUAUUACGAAGCACGCGACGCUCUCAUGUACUUUUAUCGGCACAGACGACUCACAGCAGGUCUGUCGUUACUUGCGACCUUCUUUUAUAUAACCUAUUUAACAGACGGACCUCAUCAGCAGGCCAUGCAAACAUUCGAACAGCAAUUUCUGUGGUAUGGGUACUGGAUAUUAUUGGGAGUCGCUUCCGCGAUAGGUUUGGGGACCGGUCUGCAUACCUUCCUUCUGUUCCUCGGACCGUACAUUGUGGAGGUGACAAUGGCAGCUUAUGAGUGUCACAGUGCUGAUCGGCUGACAAGGGAUCCUACCAGCUAUCGCUUGCAAUGUCGAUUAUCGGAUAUUGAGAAAUUGGACCCAUCCAUCAAUGCCGCAGCAAUAUCACUGUGGACAAUCUAUCGUCGUGUGCAAUGGGAGAGCUUUGCUUGGGGCGCAGGAACCGCCUUGGGCGAGUUGCCACCGUACUUUGUCGCUAGAGCAGUGGCCUUGUCGGGCGGCAAGAGUGAGGAAUUGGCGGAAUUCGAAGCUGGCUUGGCCAAACCGCAUCAUGAUCGCAGCUUCAAAGAGAAAUUCACGUAUAUUCUUUAUCAUAUUAUGCAACGGCUUGGAUUUUUCGGGAUUUUGCUGUUUGCCUCGAUUCCCAAUCCUCUAUUUGAUCUCGCCGGCAUCACAUGUGGCCAUUUUCUUGUACCGUUUGCCACUUUUUUUGGAGCCACUUUUAUUGGUAAAGCCGUGGUCAAAGCAGCAAUUCAGUCAAUGAUUGUGAUCCUUGCGUUCUCGGGCGAUACAUUGUCCAAUUUCUUAAACGCUCUCGAUACUUAUGUACCUGCAUUACACAGUCUGGUUGAAAGGAUGAUACGGGAGCAGCGACAUCAAAUUGGUCGAUCAGCAGACGAACUAGGAAAGGAACAGAAUAACUUCUUGGGAAUUAUCUGGAAUACGUUUCUUUCACUGAUGAUUGGAUACUUUAUCAUCUCUUCCAUUGAAUCCCUCGGUCUCGCUUACCGAAAACGCUUACACGAAGAUAAGAAAAAGAAUAGAGAUAAAUCAAAAUAAUCUUCCCCGAAUAUAAUUUUCUAUAGGAAAAAAAAAGCGUCUCAUUUUUUCUUUCCUUGUCCUCAUUGUAUCAUUCUAUCCACUAUUUUCUCUCUUUACCCUUCUUUUUUUUUUCUCCAUCACUUCACUCACACUGGAUGUUACCUAUAGAGCACUAUCAAUCCGCUUUUUGCAUCUUGUAGUAGAUUUUGCUCCAGAAUGAAUUACAGGCAAUUAUUACAUAAUGCAAUCCAAUCGCCGCCAAUUUAAUAGUCGAUGCUUCCUCUUACAGCUGAACCGCAUGACGUGAUUCUACGGUUCCACACUGGUUAGAGAAAAAUGGUGCAGAUCAUUGCAUGACAAUACUGCAGCAAGUUCAAGUGUAAGUCCAAUUGCAUCCAUUGCAUACUCUCGCUUGUAGAAAAAGGAAUAUCAAGCGGGAAUACGUUUUGUACAUUCACUGACUGAGUUGGGAAUUGGGG